AUGGGGAGUAUUUACAAGAUUAUAACAAAGAUGUUAGCGGUGCGAAUGAGAGGUGUUGUGGAUAAGUUGGUUUAUAUCAACCAAACCUCUUUUGUCCCGGGUAGAAGUAUGAUGGAUGGGGUACUUUUGGUUAACGAAAUUCUUGAUUGGGCAAAAAAGAAGAAGAAGGGGUGCCUAUUGCUUAAAGUGGACUUCGAAAAUGCCUACGACUCGAUUUCGUGGAAUUAUCUAAGGUGGAUAAUGGUGAGAAUGGGAUUUGGCAAAAGAUGGUUGAAAUGGAUGGAAUCUUGUAUCUUUAAUAAUCAUAUGUCCGUGUUGGUGAACGGAAGCGCAACAAAAGAGUUCAAGGUUCAAAGAGGCUUAAGACAGGGUGAUCCCAUAUCACCUUUCUUAUUCGUACUUGCUAUGGAAGGUUUAACCGCUUUAACUAAGAAAGCGGUGGAGGUGGGAGAAUUUAAGCCUUUCAAGUAUGGUGCAAAUGACUUUGUGGAUAUUCUACAAUUUGCGGAUGACACCAUCAUUCUAGGAGAACCCUCUUAUGAUAAUCUUUGGAGUUUAAAAGUGUUGCUAAGAAGUUUCGAAUUGGUUUCCGGUUUGAAGAUCAACUUCUAA